AAAGUAAAAAUAGAAAACACAAAUGUGAGGAUGAAAGAGAAGUAGUUGUUUCAUUAUCUGCAACAGAAACAGUGUGGCACUGACAGUAUCGGAAUAUGGAGAAGGUGGUGUGUGUGACAGGCGGUAGCGGGUGCAUUGGUUCAUGCCUGGUCCGUCUCCUACUGGAUCGCGGCUACACCGUUCAUGCCACCGUUCAAAAUCUCAACGAUGAAGUAGAGACGAAGCAUCUAGAAGCCCUGGAUGGAGCGUCGACCCGUCUCCGCCUCUUCCAGAUCGAUCUCCUUCACUAUGAUUCCAUCGUCGCCGCCGUACGCGGCUGCGCUGGCGUCUUCCACCUCGCCUCUCCUUGCAUCGUUGACCAAGUUCAUGAGCCUCAGAAGGAGCUUCUGGACCCAGCGAUUAAGGGAACAAUGAAUGUGCUCGCGGCCGCGAAGGAAGCAGGGGUGAAGCGCGUGGUGGUCACUUCCUCAAUUUCUGCGAUCAUGCCGAGUCCCAAUUGGCCUAGUGAUGUUGUGAAGAGAGAGGAAUGCUGGACUGAUAUUGAAUACUGCAAGCAAAAGGGGUUGUGGUAUCCGUUGUCCAAAACUUUGGCUGAGAAAGCUGCUUGGGAUUUUGCUAAGGAGAAUGGUUUGGAUGUUGUGGUGGUGAAUCCUGGAACUGUCAUGGGUCCUGUUAUUCCACCAAGACUUAAUGCAAGCAUGCUCAUGCUUCUGCGUCUUCUUCAAGGCUGUACUGAAACAUUUGAGGACUUCUUUAUGGGGUUGGUUCACUUUAAAGAUGUUGCAUUGGCGCAUAUUUUGGUGUAUGAGAACAAAGUAGCAGCUGGUAGGCAUUUGUGUGCUGAAGCUAUCUCUCACUAUGGUGACUUUGUGGCAAAAGUUGCUGAACUUUAUCCGGAAUAUAAUGUGCCUCGGAUGCAACGAGAUACCCAGCCAGGAUUGUUGAGAGCAAAGGAUGGAUCGAAGAAACUUAUGGAUUUGGGAUUGGAAUUCAUUCCAAUGGAGACAAUCAUCAAGGAUGCUGUAGAGUGUUUGAAGAACAAAGGGUUCAUUUCUUGAAUGAUGAUAUUUGGAACCUCAGUUAGAACAUAAAUUAUAUAGACUGGUGAUGGUUUGUACUACAAGUACUCGUGGCAUUGUGAGUUCACUCUGUAGAUUUUGUUUACUCAAAUGUUUACGCUAAGUGACUCUGACUUAAUAAUCGUCAUUUCAUUGUCAUUCUAAUACUAUUCUUUAAUAAUAAUAAAGAAACUAAAAUAGAUAGGGAGAGUUUGAGUACUAGAAAAUGUAUAUAACAGUGACUCAUGGAUAUUUUGAACCUUUUCCUGAAUUGUUAAGUGUGUUCUUGGAUAUAUUUAAAGCCUUUGGUUCAAAUUAAUAGAAAAAGGCAUCUUAAUGAAGUAAUCAAUGGAUUUAAUGUUUUACUUGGGCGAAGAAGGAAAGUGCUUCAUGAUACAUGCAUAAACUAAAGAUAAUAUUGUUUUUGCACCUUGUAUGUUAGAAGUAGCGCUGACCAACUUCAAUAUGCUCUGAAUUUGUCAUGGUUCCUGACUCACAUUUUUAGAUGAUAGACAGAACUCACUUGACAUAACGUUACCGGCAUUAAGAAGAGCAUGAGACAACUAUCAGAUUCCAAGACCAUGAGCUAUGUAUGAAAUAAACAACAACAGCAUUAUUCAAGAACCCAACUUUUUCAAUCACAACUCAUUGCACAAAAAGCAAACAAGAAUGCAAUAAACAAAUAAGUUGAAUGGACGCUCUAAGCAAGUGGUUGGUUCUUCAUCUGAGCACACUUAUUACUGGAACGUGUGCUAUCUUAUCCCAAUCCUCCCCUGUUCCCUUCUCACACCGCUCCAUCAAUGUUGGGGAGCCCCGAAUCUUCAUAAUCUUAAGCAAAGGAAGGUGGCGAAAACCUUACGGCAACGAUAUCAAUGCUUCACAGCGUUUAAUAAUGAUAAUUAAAAGGGAGCGUAGACCUUCCCAACCUUGUUCUGAAAUUAGAUAUUUGUAGAUCUUUGAGAUAAGUCGCGUUUCUCAACAGUUCUUCUGGGAAGGAUGUCAUUGUCCGAUCUACAUCAUUUUGGAGGUCAAGGGAGAUAAGACAAGAGCAACAAGACAUUGAUCUUAGUAACUCAUAAUUACAUCCAAUUAUAGAGAGAUUCUUAAUUGAUGGCAGGCAUGUCAACGCAAGUGUAAGACAACUUAUUAUAUUAUACAUACAUUUCUUUAACGAUGUUUUAGAAAAUUAUUAUUUAAUUUAUAAGUAUGUGUAUUUCAUUAUCAUAACUGUGAUUGAAAGUAUAUUUUAUUCUAAUGGUGUAUAUUUGUGAACUCUUUAUUGAUCAGCGAAUUUUUGGAU